CGUCUGCAAAGUGAUGACGUAGCAAGUGCGCCCAUCAUUCCUUUCCCGACGCGUGCGCAGACGGCCGUGGGGUUUCCGUGGAGAUGUCGGUUCGCGUGAAACGGGAGCGGGAUUCCCGGCCGCUCUCCAGCCGCGUCAAGACUGAGGCUGUCUGGGACGGAGGGAUCGCGUCGCGCAGGCCGGCGGACCCUGCCGCGGAAGCGGGUCCCGUGCGAGUGAAGCGGGAGCCCGAAGACGAGCCCAGGAUCAAGCAGGAGCCCGGGGAGGAGGAGGAGGAGGAGGAGAACGAGCCCACCGCAAAAUAUGGCCGAUUUGACCCUGAGGACCGACGAAGCAGACACUGCCCCUACUUGGACACCAUAAACAAGAGUGUGUUGGACUUUGACUUUGAGAAGCUGUGUUCUAUUUCUCUCUCGCAUAUCAACGUCUAUGCUUGUUUGGUGUGUGGGAAAUAUUUCCAGGGUCGGGGCUUGAAAUCCCAUGCUUACAUCCACAGUGUCCAGUUCAGCCAUCAUGUCUUCCUCAACCUUCACACCCUGAAGUUCUACUGCCUGCCAGACAACUAUGAAAUCAUUGACUCUUCGCUUGAGGAUAUCACUUAUGUUCUGAAGCCCACCUUCACCAAGCAGCACAUUGCCAACUUGGACAAGCAGGCUAAGCUCUCUCGGGCCUACGAUGGCACCACCUACCUGCCAGGCAUUGUGGGACUGAACAACAUAAAAGCCAACGACUAUGCCAAUGCGGUCCUCCAGGCCCUGUCGAACGUCCCGCCCCUACGGAAUUAUUUCCUGGAGGAGGAGAACUACAAGAGCAUCAAGCGUCCUCCAGGAGACAUCAUGUUUCUGCUGGUCCAGAGGUUUGGAGAACUCAUGAGGAAGCUGUGGAAUCCCCGAAAUUUCAAAGCUCAUGUCUCUCCCCAUGAAAUGCUGCAGGCGGUGGUUCUUUGCAGCAAGAAGAACUUCCAGAUCACCAAGCAAGGCGAUGCGGUCGAAUUUCUUUCCUGGUUCUUGAAUGCCCUGCAUUUGGCUCUUGGUGGGACAAAGAGAAAGAAAAAGACCAUUGUGACAGAUGUCUUUCAGGGCUCCAUGCGGAUAUUUACCAAGAAGUUGCCACACCCAGAUCUGCCUGCAGAGGAGAAGGAGCAGUUGCUCCAGAAUGACGAGUAUCAGGAGAAGAUGGUGGAGUCCACCUUCAUGUACCUGACUCUGGAUCUCCCCACUGCCCCGCUGUACAAGGAUGAGAAGGAGCAGCUGAUCAUUCCACAGGUGCCCCUUUUCAACAUCCUGGCCAAGUUCAAUGGAAUUACAGAGAAGGAAUACAAAACCUACAAGGAGAACUUCCUGAAGCGCUUUCAGCUCACCAAGUUGCCACCUUACCUCAUCUUCUGCAUCAAGAGGUUUACCAAGAACAAUUUUUUUGUGGAGAAGAACCCCACCAUUGUCAACUUCCCCAUCACGAAUGUGGACCUGCGAGAGUACCUGUCCGAGGAAGUGCAGGCGGUGCACGAGAACACGACCUACGAUCUCAUUGCGAAUAUUGUGCACGAUGGGAAACCUGCGGAAGGAGCCUACAGGAUCCACGUGCUGCAUCAUGGAACGGGCAAGUGGUAUGAGCUGCAAGAUUUGCAGGUGACCGACAUUCUCCCCCAGAUGAUCACGCUUUCUGAGGCUUACAUCCAGAUCUGGAAGAGGCGAGAUGGCAAAGAAGAGACUAACCAGCAAGGGGCAUAAAAGGGAGAGCGGGAGCUGCGGAGGACUCGAGAGGGCAGGGGCGGGCGGGCCCCCAACACCUCUCCUGCAGGUUCUGGAGGGUUCCAGCCGUGGGGCAGCUGGGGCCGUGCAGGGAACUUGACCUCCCUUUGAGAAGACUCCCUUCCCCAGUGUGGUUCGUCCGCCCCUUCUUCAGACCAUCCGGAUCAACAGGCCCUCCUCGCUGCCACUUUAGUCGACCCAGAGUGUGCAAGAUGGCCAAGCGAGGGACUUGCCGAGGCCUCUCUGGCCGCCGCUUGCCUUCUGCCUGUAGAAACCUUCUGUUCAGGCAGCCUCCAGGGCUGUGGGGCGGGAGGAGCCGGGUGUCUUGUGUGGGGUGCUGCUGCAUCCACCCCCCUGUUUCUGCAUUAAACGUGUGCACUUGGUUUUGUACGUA